GACCCUAUUCUAUCAUCUCUCAAAAUGUGGAUGGUAAAAAUUUUCCUCGUUUUGGAACUUGGAGACAUUGAAAUGUCUCCCUAAUGACCGAUGUCUCCCUAAUGUUGAAAAAUUUACCACAAAAUGUCUCCCAAGUGACCUAUUUGGAAAUAUACUCUUUAUUCCACCAUAAACUAUAUGUACAGUAUUCUCUCCAGACAUGCCAGACUCUAGGGGCACCUGGAGGGAAAACGCAUGAAGAAAUGCUAAGUUUUAGAUGUCGGAAGAAAACCCAGGCAAUAAUUGUGAAUAACCUAAUCCAUAGGUUGACCUGGGCAAGAUUUGAACCCGGGUUGCAGGUGGAUGGCAAGGAAAGUACCACUGUGCCAGUGUCACUGACGUGUUUGUUGUGGAAUAUUAAAUGAAAUUUAUGAAAUUUUGUCAGAUUGCUGAGAGCAUGGAGCUUAUGAGCAUGGAGCUAUAUAAUUAGUAACUAAUACCCUGCUAUUGCAAGAUGAUAGCCAGAUGUUAAUUAACGAGGUGUGCGUAAAUGUGCAUUCAUUCGUGUACAUGUAAAUACCUCAUACAGAAAGUUUCCCAAUACAACAGCUUAGAAGGUGCAUGUCUAUUAACAUUCGAUAAUGCCCACUGUGUAAAAAUGUUCUGGCACCUGGAUACGAGACAGUUUAAUCCGUUCCUAUUAGUCAAGAGUCUGUAUGCAUGGCACACAGAUCUCGCCAUGCACAUGCCCAAGUCGAUAGAUGAGAUUCUUCUGGACUAAUUGUUCAAGGAGUAUACCAUCAAAUGGACAGGGUUGUUCAGGGAAAUACAUGUAAAAGUAAAAUUCUUGAACACAGUCUUCGGAAACUUUAUCGUAUACUGAUUUUUUUUGACUCAACUAAAAUGUUAUCUGCAAAUGGGAAUAAAUAUGUACUUGGUCGGUCUUAAACUAUCAUUUAAGACUGGCUCAGGAGAGUGAAAACUGAUACUGCCCUCACCUGCCGCUCAGGCAUCAUUCAUGUCCAUUCUCCUGAGCCAGUCUUGAAUGCACACCGGCCAAGCACAUUUAUUUCCUUAACCCUAACCCCCAGGGACCAUUGAAACCAUGCACAUGCUUGUUAGACUCUGAAUAGUUAGGGUUAAUAUAACAUGCAUCCAAGUUACUGGGGAGUAUCUGUGACUCUGAGUAACUAUGACUCAUGGCUCGUUACUUGCAGAAUAGAACACCAGCGGGCAUACACACAUGUUUUAUCAUUGUUUCCACCAUUAAUGCAGUAGUCUCCCUGAAAUAUUGCGCAAUUAUUUUACUCGUCUCUCUAAAAGGAAUUAAGAUCAGUAAGAUGGACUUAGAAAGGAUGGAGGAAGUCUACCGCAAGUGGGAGAGCAAAGCGAAUCCUGCCUCGCAGACCUCACAGAACUCUCCAACGAGGACCACAAUGAUGCCUGCAGUGAUGCCCAGCGGCAAGAAACAGUGGAACGACAAAAUCAGGGACGACAAGCCAGAGAGACGGAGAAGACGGUCAGGGAAAUCGUCGCAGCCGCCAUCACUGGAUCUUGUGCCAGAGCUGGCUCGUUUCAAGUACACGCCGCCGGCGUUUUACGAGACGACAGGGGGCCAGCGGCCUUUCAUGGGGAAGUGUUGCGCAACUUGUAACGGUGGAAGCAGGGAGAUGUUGUUUACUUCAGACAUACCUUCCAUGGGGUUCCGAAAUGUCUUAAAAUUCAAUAAACCAAGGAGAGGCCUAAUUGCCAGGUUCUUCCCACAUAUCUAUAUAGCGUAUUCGGAAGGUGUUAACUACGCUUACCCUUCGGCUGGCAAGCUGGCCAAGGAGGUGCUAGCCAGCAGGAGGGUGUCUGCGGCAAUUCAUAAAGGUGCAAUAUCAGAUUCAGAAGGCAGGGCGAAGGAGGAGUUUGAGUACAAGAAGGCAUUACAGCGUCACGCCCACAGGGCGGGCAAGGCGCUUGAGAGUAUGGCAGCGUCGUUGUCCAAUGUGGUCUUGAGGUUAACGGGCUGGGUGCUCCUGAAGGUCCUCGGAAUGAUACUGCUGUGUGUGAACGUCCACCAAGGCCAGAUGGAGAUGCUGAAACGGGCCGCCAAGGAGGGGGUACCCCUGGUGAUUAUGCCAACUCACCGGAGUCACCUGGACUAUGUCUUGAUGUCAUUCAUCCUGUACAUCUACGGCAUCCAGGUGCCGUUUGUUGCGGCGGGAGACAACCUCAACAUCCCCGUGUUUGGAUGGAUUAUGAAAAAGCUAGGAGGGUUCUUCAUCAAACGAAAGUUGGAUAAAGAGGUUGGCAAGAAGGAUCAUGUUUAUCGGGCGGUUUUGCACACGUACAUGGAGGAGGCCUUGAGAUGUAAUCAAAACAUCGAAUUUUUCAUCGAGGGAGGGAGGUCGCGAAGUGGCAAAGCCCUGGCCCCCAAGGGAGGUCUGUUAUCCGUGAUUGUGGACGCUUAUUAUGACGGUGUCAUCUCGGACGCUUUUUUGGUUCCCGCCUCGGUGGGCUACGACAAGAUUCUCGACGGAAACUUCACUAACGAGCAAUUGGGACGGCCCAAAAGGAGAGAGACCUUUGUUGGAGCGCUGAGAGGCAUCUGGAAAGUCUUUUCUUCCAAGUUUGGCCAAGUCAGGGUGGACUUUGCGGAACCAUUUUCACUGAAGGAGUAUCUGGAGACGGCCCAGAUGCCCUCCCCUUACACCAGUGACCUCUCCGCCCACAGCACCAACCGUCCCCACCCCCAUCCUGUGCUGAAAAAGACGGUCAGUGAUCACUCGCUCUACGGCACGGACGUGGUGGUGGAGGACCAGCGGCAGCUGAUCAGGGGGCUGGCCGAGCACAUUGUCUACGAUGCAGUCAGAGUCAACAGUAUUAUGAGCACUAACCUGGUGUCCUUUCUCCUCAUGACGAAGCACAGACAAGGUGUGGAGUUUGGCAAACUAGUGCGAGAAGCAGAGUGGAUGAAGGGGGAGAUCACCGGACGGGGCAGAGACGUGGGCUUCUCGGGCGAGAUGCAGACAGUGGUGCGACACGCCUUGGCCCUGCUUGGCCCAGACCUGGUCACCACCCAGCCCCGCAAACUGCACCCGGAUGUGGUCAGUGAGACGGAGAGCAACCAGGAGGGCAAGAGGAAGGCCACGCCGUCGAAGGCGGCGGAGGGAGGGGUGGAGAAAGGGGAGGCAGCGGCGGAGAAAGGGGAGGCAGCGGCGGCACGCAUGGUGGUGCCCAACAUGGAGCUGCCCGAGGUCUUUGUGCUGAGUUACUACAGCAACUCGGUCAUUUCGGUCUUCCUGCUGGAGUCGGUGAUCGCAAACGCAGUGAUAGCAGUAGCCAAUCAGGAGAUGCACACACUGAGCCCCGGCCAGCGCAACAAGGUCACCCUGUCCAAGGAAAAGGUCAUGAGCAAAGCGUUGGAGCUGUGCGACCUGCUACAGUUUGAGUUCAUCUUUGUGCCCCCUUGCGGUUGUUUGGUCACUGCCUUAUCUGAUGCUUUAGACAAGCUGAUCGUCAGUGAGAUCAUCCUGUCAGAACAGCAGGACGUAGGGAAGGGCAGUGGAAGCCAGGACAGCAGGUGGGCAAGGCGGGUGGCGGCGUCAACCGCUUUCAGCCUUGAUGACGAUGACGAAGAUGACUAUGGCAUCUGCACCAAGGAGGAGCAGAUCACGGUCAACGUGUGCCCAGAGCAGCUCCAGAAGCUGUUCUUUUUCCAGAGUGUCUUGGGCCCCCUGAUCGAGGGCUACUGGCUGACCGCCUGCAAUCUGGUACGCCUGCUGGAUCGGGAUCUGCCAGAGGCCGAGUUCUCCAGUAUAGUCAGCGAGUACGCGCAGGACCGCGUCUCCAAGGGCUUGGCCGUUUACGCCGAGAGCUGUGCCAUGGACACGUUGCGAAACGCCUGGCGUCUCUUCCAGCACUGGAAGGUGAUCGACUCGUACCAGGACGCCGAGAAGGUCAAGCUUUUCCACCUCAAGGAGCCCUUCCGCAGCGAGCCCAAGCUUGACAACUUCAUCGACAAGAUCGAGGCCUUCCGCACAUGAGAUUAGCCAAUUAAGGGGGAGGGGUUAGAAGUAUUGACUGUACAUCUUUUGUUUGGGCCCGGUUGUGAUUCUGGGACUUGGAGUGGGCUUGAUCAGAACAGAGAAUGGUCGUCAUCAUUCGGCGAUGCAGAAAUGUGCGCUUGUGAGAGCUUACAACCAAGCUCGUCAGGGGAGGUUCAAAGCCCACUUCAGACAAGCAUACCUGUUGGAGGAUCAAAUCGAGCCUCUACCAACCAAAGUAAAUAUAUAUCUGAUCGAGGAAGAAAAUUGUUCUGCUUUCUGCAAUCGCAGCCCCUUUUUUUUUCAUGUGACUAUUUCAGAAAGCCACUUAAAACUCUCAACUUUCUUGGACGCUUAAUGUCUCUCCUGUCCGCCCUGUGCUGAAGUGCACCAUCAAUCGGUAAAAGAAAGACAGGUGGAUACAAACGGGUUCUUGCACGCAUUUUGCGUGUACGCAGAGACCAUACAUGCCGCAGUAAAGUAGUUACGCCUACUCAACGUGCUCCGCAUCAAACGCGCAUAUACUUGUGCGCUUCAUGGCACACCAAUGCAGUGAGUACCAAGAAAAACCCACGCCCUCUUUUGAUCCGCUCGGAGCGGAUAGCUCACACGUUGUGUCUUGUGCAAUUUCACAUUACCGUUCAGCCGUGGGCUUUGCAUGAGAACUAAGGGGGUGUUUAUGGCUGUCCUGCAAUAGCUCGAACUCGUAAAGGGGUGCGUGCGUGCGUCCACUGAUUCCCUUUGGUCACAGUCACGCCUCAAGCGGAAUGCAGUAAACACUGUAUUCAUGGGUCGGCCAUGUUGAACUGAAAGCAAGGUGAGAGUUUCAAAAUUGAGAGUGAGAGUGAAGAGAUUUGAAUUCAAGACAAACCAGUAGCAGUCUAGCACCUGUCUAUUCUGAUGAAACAAAUUCAAAUUUGUGGAUAAACAUACAAAAAGGUACAUCUUUGUGUUUGGAGCAAGAUUUGAAAAUACACUGAAAGGGAGGUAUGGAAGGCAUGCAAACCAUAAAAUAGUCUGGUGCCAGCCCAGUGUACAGUUUAUGAGAGAGCCUCAAGGAAUAAGACUGAAACUACGAAAAACGUGUAUUGAGUCGAUAGAGGUUGCCUCCGAUUUCCUCGCCUUGUGAAUCUAUGCACAGUUUUUCCCCCACUGGGGGCGCACUCACGAAGGGAGCUUAUAUUGAAAGACCAAGCAGAUUGAAUUGUUCCUAAAAUUUUCAAGGGUUCCAUGGCAUUCACUGUAACAGCAUUUUCCAACAAGAGUGAUUCUGACAUGAUGUUGAUAUGCAGUAUUUGGUCUCAAGAUGUGUUUGUCGUACUUGCCUGAAUUUGAGCACUAAACUAUAUUACUUUGUUUUGCUUGGAAGUAUCAUGCCUGUUUGCACCUUUUGCGAGGUUGUCCAAGAGACAAACUGUUUAACUUGAUGAAGUUCUAAGUGUGAAGGAAAAAAAAUAGCUGAAAUUUGUGCAUGUGUUGAUUUCCUAUCGAAGCUUGAUCACCAAGGCUUUGUUUUCUUUCAUUUCUGUAGUUUCAAGUUGUGUGAGAAAUUGUGUAACAAUAAAAUUAAUGUGUUUGGUCUGGUGACAGUAAAUCAAACAUUAACUCAGGAGACCAGGUACUCUUUGACUUCAUCUCUUGAAUGGUUUGUUGUAGAGAAUUGUGUGUGAUUGCGUAACGAGUCGCACAAUGUUGAAAACAGGAUUUUAUAUUAUGUGAGCGUAAAAAGAGAUGAGGCAGAACCCGAAAUCAUACUGAAAAAAAUGAAGCAAGCUGAAACCUCAGUGUCUGCCUGGAUUUGAUAGCAAAUUAAAAAUUAACCUGAAAUUUUAAAGCUAUUUGAAACUGUUGAUGUAACUCUGUGUUUUUUUUUCCUUUGCUUUUUUGCUGGAGUUAGCAUUUUAUUGUAAUAAGGUGGGGAAGAAAAUGAGUGAGAACUUGAAAUCAAACUGAAAAAAGGAAGAAAGCUGAAAUCCCAAGGUGUGCCUGGAUUCGAUAGCAUAUAGUCAGAAAUUGAUCUGAAAUUUUAAAGCUGUUUGAAAAUAAAUGAUUUUGAGUUUAGCAUUUGGUCGUUUGCUUUAUUACACAGGGGGGGUGGACUAUGAAUUAGCUUUAUUUUGUGAAGUAGUGUGAAAUGCAAUAGGUUGUGUCACUGAUGACAUGUAAUUAUGAAUGAAACCAUAUGAAUAUUAAUUGUCAUGAAUAUGCAUAACAUGGGUUUUGUGUUGCUGUGGUAUUGUAUCAGAAAACCACUUAAAAAAAUUAACUUGAUGCACCUGUACUUAACGGAAAACUUUGAGUUACAAUUAUUUUGAAGAAUGAUUUCUCUCGGCCAAUUCUCUGUCAAUUCAUUUUUGAAGUGAGUAAUUUACAUCGGCAAGAUCCAAAAUUAAUUUUUUGCAUGAAACAGCAUUUGAAUGUGGUUUAAAAAAAUGUAUUGAGAAAUGUAUUAAAAAAGCAUGUUGUAGGAAUUCCCUGCAAAUGAUGAAACAUUAAUGAAGAGAAAAAAAUGGUGUACCGUCUUCGGUAUUUAGAAAUGGAUGUCAAAAUGAUCAAGAAGGCUUACGAGCUUUAAUGUCCCUGCAUUAUCUGUCCAUUUGUCAAACGUAUCUGGUAAAGUUCGACUCUAAAACGUAAGUCACUGAUUCAUGGAAGUCGAAGAUUUACCAGGGGUGUCACAGCGUAAGUGAACAGGUCUGUGUUUUUUGAAUACUUUUUAGGCUUUGCGUGGGCUGCACCAGAUUAGUAUGAUUUUCAGAUAUUGGCUUGUAUUUCUUGCCAACCGUGAGGAAAAAGUAGUUCAAGAAUUCAGAUCAUUCUUUUGAUCUGUUCGUUGACACACAUUUACAGAUCUUCUGAAUCCUACAUAUGCACUAGACACACUUCUUUGUCCCGGGAUAUCUAAAUUUGCCAGUCAUGAGAUUUGAAGACAUAGAUUUGAGACAGAGAGAAAAACCUUGCCAUUUUUUGGUUAUUGAAGUAUGCAGACUGAUCGAAAUAAGCCUACUUUAAAUAAAGCUGUAUACUAGAGAGACAUGUAUUGGCAACGGGCAAAUGAACUGAAUUUUGUAGGGGAUCAGUUGUUUUCUUUUGGAGUUAUAGUACAGAGACUAAAACCCACUGUUUUAUUAACCGUAGUGUCAAUUUUUUGGUUGUUGAAGAUUUAAUGUCGUGAAAAUUCACAACAAUGCAAAUGUGUGGAAUGUCAAAAGAAGUUGUAGAGUGGGAGUGUUGUAUAAUGUAGUGGUGAAACAUGGUUUUCCGGGUUGAAAACCCAGUGCAACGUGGAAAUGCAAAGGAAAUGCAUGGAAACGUGUAUUUUCUGCUCUUUAAAUUAUUGUGAUUGGGUCAGGUCAUGAAAACAACUCUCUUAAAUGGCGAUUGACAGGAGGCUUUUAAGUUCAGAUCAGCAAGUAUUUCAUUCCAUUAGAGGAUUAACUUAGCCAACCAUCAGAUUAUUUUCUACAAAGGAAAUGUUUUUGUAGCCUCACCAAAUUGUAAAGAGUGGGAAGCGUUUAUUAACUUAAACUGAUUCGCAUGUUCCAUUUCGACUAUUUUUGUUACAUUUUGUUAUAGCAUGUACCUGACAUUACAGAGACAAGUCUGAAAGUCUGAAUUGACUUUUUGAGGCUUCUGCUGUAUUAGACUUUAUCUUCUUAAUAACCAAGUGCACAUUUGGAUCCCUACUAACACUUUUGAUGGUCAUGUAACUAACAAAUUCAGAAAUUCAUCAGAUAGUUACCUGUCCGUAUUUCCUGGUACGGAACAAAUGCUGAGAUUUUCCUGUAUACAUACCGAGAUCCACUCAAAAAGGUUUCACACAGUGGCAAUGCAACUUUUUCUUUCGGACAAAAAAAAAGAGAAAAAGAUUACAUUGUACUGUUGGUUGAUAAUUCCAAAAGCUGAGCACGUAUUUGUCUCCCAAGUUUCAGUAUUAUUUCUUUGUACUGGUAUUGCAAAUUAACUGGUCUGUAAUGUAGGCAAGUCUUGAGGCACUGUCGAACUUCACUUUGCUUAUGGCCAAAGCUUGGCUUACCAUAAAUGGAGACCAGCCAGUGUUAUUUUAGAUGUAUAGCUCAUCACUGGUUACCGGUCAUGUACUGUUAAUAACUCCUGAUUGAACUGCACAUUUGGUUCUGCCAAAGACCAACAGAAGAGGACAGUGUUCCAUGGAUGUCACUUACCUAGUGUAACUUCUCUUCAUAGAUGAUUAACACAUGUUGAAGAAAUAAGAAUGGCAGAUUAUCUAUUUUGUGAUUGUGGAAAUACGUAGAUUAUUUUUUAGAAGUGUUCCACUUUGACAGUUUGAAAGGAGAAUAAAGGAAGCAGGGACUGGAAUUGGUCUCACAAUGGUA